AUGCCGACAUUCCCCACCACACCGAAACCUAGCGGCGCAGAUGCAGCCGACUCUUCUUGGCUGCUCGAUGAGACCUUAUCACCCGCACUCGUUCAAGGAUCGAUGCCGGACCUCAACAUCUCCGACUCGCCUCUUCAUGGUAGUAUUCGCACAACAACCUCGACCAACUCAACCGCAGAUCCAGUCUCGCGCGUAAAGAAGCCAAUGAAGUCUCGUCCAUCGUGGGGAUCCGCAGCCGUUCUCGAUGCCAACAAUUCUGUCAAAACCAUGUCCAGCAUGCGUCUCUUAGCCGGUCUCGAUAUCAAUGACGAAAACAAGCCUUCUGUAUCUGGCAGGGCGCCGGUUUCUUCGAAGCCCGCCGGUGCCGGCAGACCUCGCUUCUCACUCUUCGCAAAACCAGGCGUGCCCACCAACUUGAUGCCCAAGAAAGCACAGCAGCAGACAGAACCAGAAGACAACGACGAAGAUGUUACCAUCGGCCGACUACCGGACGCUUCCAUCCUUGCCCCCUCUCCCUCGGCGCUCGACUCUUCCGUCAUUGAUGGAGACGAAGAGUACAUUCGUGAAGCCCUUCUCGGCAAGCGCGCUUCAGCACGACCUUCGACUGGCGACCCAACACCAUCCGAGAGCAAAGAAUCGCAGCAGCAGUCGGCACGUCAACUUGCUGAACUUCGUCGCAUGAACGAUGUCUUCGAAGGUUUCGAGAAGAUGCUUCGAGGCAGUGCUGGCCAGAUCAAUGCUUUCGCAAAACGAGUGCAAGAGACCGACGAUCUUCUCAACAUUUACAUUGGCUUGCUACGACAGACCGAGAAGACACAACAACUUCUCCAAGAUCAGGACUGGAAAGGCACCACCGACGAUGCCACCGCCCAUGCCCUUUCUGUCGCCCUUGCUCAACGUGAAACACAACGCCUAUACGCUGAAGCACAAGCGAGAGAACUAGAAGCUCAACGCGCUGCAGAAGAGGCUGCUGCUAUGCAAGCCGAGGAGGAGGAACGCAGAAAACUAGACGAGUUGCGUAGAGCCAACGGCGCUGGUGGACGAGGACGUGGACGAGCGGUAUCAGGGACAAGGACAGCAACUCGAGGUGCAACAGCAAGGGACUCUGCUACAUCUGCCAUUCGCGGUCGUGUUGUUGGCUCUCGCACUGCCGCAUCCACAACCGACUCGUCGGCGCCAUCAUCAAGCACAUCAAUGGCGCCAGUCUCGAGAGGAGGAGGCAGUGCUUCUUCAACUCGCGGUCAAUCUGUGUCAACCUCUGCUCGCAGCACCGCGCGACCGUCCGCGAUUCCAACCCGUGCCGUCUCUGGUAGCGCCGGUCUGGGAGGUCAAUACGCUAAUGUCAAAAGCUCCGGCUAUGGUCCAAGAUGA